AUGGAAACGCCGGGUCUGGUAUCCCAUGAGAUUAAAACAGAAGCCGGUGAACAGGCUGUUGUCGAGAAGGACGGUGGUCCUUACUGCUGCUCCUUGUGCCAGAGGCUGUUUAGAUGCGUGAAACAUCUUCAAGCGCACAAAGAGAACCACGUUCGGCAAGAGCAUGUGCAUGCAUGGCCUGCACGUGGGGAAAGGGGACUGCACCGCUGUCCCCAAAGCCAAAAGACCCGUAGCGACCCAUCUAGCCUGAAGCUACACCUCCGGAGUCACAAGGAAGAUACCCCCGUGAAAAAGAAGAAAUCGCGCUGUGGAGAGUGCGGGAAGAGUGUUAAUGACCUUCAGAAACACCGGACAGUACAUUCCACCGAAAAACGGUUCUGCUGCUCCGUGUGCGGGAAGGCUUUCUGUCAGGCGCUGUCACUAACACUGCAUCAGCGGAUUCACACGGGAGAGAGACCGUACAAAUGCACUCAGUGUGACAAGUGUUUCACUAGUGGAGGGGGCCUCAGAGAUCACCAGAGGACUCACACGGGAGAGAAGCCGUUCAUAUGCACCCUGUGCGGGAAAGGCUUCAGUCUGCAGGGGAACCUGAAGGAACACCAGAGAAUCCACUCGGGAGAGCGGCCUUUCCCAUGUGGCAAAUGCGAGAAGGCUUUUAAAACCGCCAGGUACCUGCGGAUCCACCAGCGCACUCACACGGGAGAGAAACCGUACCGGUGCACUCACUGCGGGAGAGACUUCAGUCACCUGAAUGCCCUGAAGAUGCACGAGAAGCUCCAUACUGGGGAGAAACCGUACACGUGCCUGGACUGUGGCAGGAGUUUCUGUCAUGCCAUCUAUCUGAAGAGACACCAGCAGGUUCACACGGACUUCCGGCCCGUCUGCUGCGCCGAAUGCGGACAGAGCUUCAAGGACCCCGCCCUUCUGAAGAGGCACCAGAGAAUUCACACUGGUGUAAAACCAUACACGUGCACUCGGUGUGAAAGGGCUUUUCGACACUUAUCAACUCUUAAGGUGCAUAAAUGUAAAUAAAUUGCCACCUGACUGAAUAAUAUCAGCUGUGUAAAUGAGAUGACAGUAAUAUGGCCCUUCUGAUGCAGGCUAAUCAAUGCACUGAUAACUGGGUAAAAUCUGCGUAUUAUAUCAGUCCUUUGCCAAAAUCUGUAAACUUUGCUCUCUUGCUGUAUCCGAGGCGAAUGUCUCACCUGGCCAAUCAGUUCAGUCGCAUCACCUAUGCUUGACCUAUAGGAGAUUUUGAUUUCUGAUGAACCUGCUGGAUUUCAUAUAAGUGGGAGCUAUUAUGGAUUGGCCUUGUGUCCAGGGUUGAGCAGUGGGAGAUGCAGUGGUUAAGGGUUUGGUGGUUUACUGUGAAUGUUGCCAGUUUGGAACCCAGGAGGGACCCUCAUUCUGGUGCUUUCCAGCAUGAUACUUUACCUGAAUUUCUCUAGUCAGAACAUCCCUUUUGUAUCCAUUUACUAUUCCUGUUUGUCCGAUGCUCUUGACCC